CUGCCCUCUGCCGAGCUGACGUGGCGAGAGGCGAAAAUGCUUGUGUGUAAACAUUCCUUGAGAUAAAAGUCGUAUUUGAGGUCCAUUUUCACGCCAAAAUGAUAUCUUGGAGGACAUUACUGGUCGUGUUUAACCUGUUCUUCGUUGCUGUGGGUGAUGAACACACACAUACGUACAAAGAUUUAGAAGAGGUGGUACUAUGGAUGAACACAGUAGGGCCAUAUCACAACAGGCAGGAGACCUACUCAUACUUCUCCCUGCCCUUCUGUGUGGGGCCAAAGGAGAAGAUUUCCCACUACCACGAGACACUUGGGGAAGCUCUACAGGGGGUGGAACUCGAAUUCUCAGGGUUGGACAUUGACUUCAAAACUGAUGUGGCUAAAACUGUAUAUUGUGAGGUAGAGCUGAAUGAAGUUCGACUCAAGACUUUUCUUUACGCUGUGAAGAACCACUACUGGUACCAGAUGUACAUCGAUGACCUUCCAAUUUGGGGCAUAGUAGGUGAAAUUGAUGAGGCCAAUGAUGCCUACUACAUCUGGACACACAAGAAGUUUGAUCUGGGCUACAAUGGCAACCAGAUUGUGGAUGUGAACCUGACCUCAGAGUCCCGGCAGAAGCUGGAAUUGGGGGCCAAGAUUAAAUUCACCUAUGAGGUCAACUGGAAGAAGUCUGGGGUCAAGUUUGAGGACCGCUUCGACAAGUACCUUGAUCCAAACUUUUUCCAGCAUAGGAUUCACUGGUUCAGCAUUUUCAACUCUUUCAUGAUGGUGAUCUUCCUGGUGGGUCUUGUAUCCAUGAUCCUCAUGCGUACCCUGCGUAAGGACUAUGCGCGCUACUCCAAAGAUGAGGAAAUGGAUGACAUGGAGCGAGACCUUGGCGAUGAAUAUGGCUGGAAGCAAGUCCAUGGAGACGUGUUCCGCCCCCCUUCUCACCCCAUGCUCUUCUCAGCGCUCGUGGGCUCAGGCUACCAGAUGCUCACCGUCACCUUCCUCGUCAUCCUCCUGGCCAUUGUUGGUGAACUGUACACAGAACGAGGGUCUAUGGUCAGCAUUGCCAUCUUCAUCUAUGCUGCCACAUCACCUGUAAAUGGCUACUUUGGAGGCUCGUUAUAUGCACGAAUGGGAGGGAAAGUUUGGAUUCGACAGAUGAUGAUGUCGGCAUUCAUGCUGCCAUCCCUUGUGUGUGGCACUGCUUUCUUCAUCAACUUCAUUGCUAUCUACUAUCAUGCCUCUAGAGCCAUUGCCUUCACUAUCAUGAUGCUGGCUGUCAUCUGUAUCUGCACUUUCGUCAUCCUCCCCCUCACCCUUGUGGGCACAGUACUGGGCCGAAACCUGGCUGGGCAACCCAACUAUCCCUGCCGCAUCAACGCAGUUCCACGGCCCAUCCCUGAGAAGAAGUGGUUCAUGGAGCCUUUGGUUAUCAUCCCUCUGGGGGGUAUACUACCCUUUGGUUCCAUUUUUAUUGAAAUGUAUUUCAUCUUCACCUCCUUCUGGGCCUACAAGAUUUACUAUGUGUAUGGCUUCAUGUUGCUGGUGUUCCUGAUCCUCCUAGUGGUGGUUGUAUGUGUCACCAUAGUGUGUGCGUACUUCUUGCUCAAUGCAGAGGACUACCGGUGGCAGUGGACCAGCUUCUUAGCGGCUGCCUCUACUGCUGGCUAUGUAUACCUCUAUGCCACCUAUUACUUCUUUUUCAAAACGAAGAUGUAUGGCUUCUUCCAGACCAGUUUUUAUUUUGGCUACAUGGCCUUGUUCAGCGUCACUCUGGGCAUCAUGUGCGGCACCAUUGGCUAUGUAGGCACCAGCAAGUUUGUGCGGAAGAUAUAUUCCACCGUUAAGAUAGAUUAAAGCAGGAGACUUGUGCGGUUGGUCGGUUUGCGACAGACAACAGACUACUGCUUCACAAGGACAGACAAUAGCAUAUCUCUGAAAAAGGCACAGUAGUAUUCCCCAUACAUGCUAGAAAGAAUUCCAGAUACCUGAAAAAAAAAGUUUGGAAAAAAAGUACCACACUUAAAAAAAGAGAAGAUUGGAAAAAGCCAUGUGCCACACCGGUGUGAGGUGAGCCACUAGGAAAAUAAUCCCUUAAGGGGGUCGAGUCUAGCACAAAAACUUACUACACGAUCUGUGGCCUCAUCUGUUAAGUCACCUGUGACACUGCUGAGAGGUUCUCUCCCCCCUUUACAAUGGCGACGCCCUGAUGUGAUAUUGAGAAUGUAGUGUAGAAAGUGUGUUUAUCUUGGAUCCUUUUAAUUGAUUAGAACAUACAUUCAAUUACUAUAGUGUGGACUAUAUCAGGAUCUUUAUUUUUUUUUAUACUUUUAAACAUUGAAAUAUAAUUAAUGAUAAAAAAUAAUUGCUUGUUGUUUAUAACAUGGCAGGUACUAAAUGGAAAUCUUGUUAGAAAUAUAGGAAGGAAUAGUGGGGGAGAAAUUUAUUGCCAUGGUUAAGUUUUAUAUACUGUUUACAUAUAUAUAUUUAAUUUUAUGUGUGGCAUUAAUUAAAAAAGAGCCACUUCUCCUUAUUUAUUUGACAGAUGAUCAGUGACAUUGCUUUACCAGUGCUUAAGUUAUAAAAGUUUGAAGCAAAACUUGUGUGUGUGUUUGUGCAUCGGCUGUUGGUAACUGGUUGUAGAUUAUUUCUUUUUACAAAUUAAAAAAUGAAAAAUAAAAAAGUUUACCACAUUUCUGAUCAGUGUGUCUCUCUCUGCAACAAACUGUUUAAAGACAACCUAAUAGAUAUAUUUCUUGUUUAUAAAGAGCAAACUUUACAUCUUGUGCAUUUUUUUCCCCUCCCCUCCCUUGAGUGAAAGUUUCUGAAUUAUACUGGAAUGGAUCUGCACGGCCAUCGGAGAAGGGUUGUGUUUUUACACCCGGAAAUUUUAUUGAAGUGUUAUGUCCUUUUGAGAUAGUGCUGUAACCCCAGAAAUACAAGUUUUGUAGGUAAAUUGGUUAAGUUAUUAGUGUUUUUUGAAAAUUUUCUAGUUUUUGUUCCUUUUUUUUUAUUACCUGUUUUAGAAUGAUGUAUAUUUAUUUCUAUGAUUUAUUUUUAGAUGUUUUUUCAGCACAAAUACUUGCUGCAUUCCCAGGCAACAUAUUUUUCUCUAUGCUGUUGUACAUAUAAGUAUAAAUCACAUCAAAGAUGCCUUCCUUUCGAGAGCGGAACAUUGGGCUCUUUUUUUGUGAUUAGUGUCGGGGUUAAAAAUGCAGUGAAGAGGAGAGCCAAUGAAGAUGUGGUUCUGAGAAUGUUGUGUUGUGCAAAGUGCCAGCACACACUACAGUCACUGUAUCCCUGGCCCAUAGUUUUGAUAACUAGAUUAAUAUAUAUGCAGAUUAAUUCCGUGGUUUUUUGCCUACCCCUCUUGUAUCUUGUGUGGCUUUACUCGCGGAGAUGAUUGGAAAUCAUUCAUAUUCAGGUUCAUAAUACUGUUUGUAUGUCACGUGGGUAACCUGCAACUCCUCUUUCCUUCCCCCACCACCAUCCUUUCCACCUGUGCUAAGAAUCAAAUUGAUUCUCUUAAGGCAAGAAAAUAUUCUUCACUUUAAUGAAAAAGUGAGUGAGAAUGUGUUUGGGUGGUGGUUUAGCAAUAGCAAAUGAUGAUGAGGGGUUCUUUGCUCCCUAUGUGCUUGUGAUGAGUUAUUCAUAUAGUAAUUAUUUUCUUUUGCAUAUUAAAAUAUUUUUGAGAGAGAAAAAAAAGUUCCCUCUUCACCCCAACCCACCCAUCAUGUUGAACAAAAGGAGUGAUUGGUUGACAGAAUGAUUGCCAUUUUUCCUUUUUUCAUACCAUAUUCUCUGUAAAACUGAUUGAAAUUGGAGUGAACUAAUUCUUCAAUUCUUCCAUACGUUUCAAUGUAACUUGCUCUCCUUUUUCAUGUGUUCAUCUCAUCUGGCAGUUUUGAUUCUGUGUGCAAGUUAAGCUAACAUAAGAUUCUUAUACAGACAAUGUAUGUGCUGAAUAAAUCAUUCCAGUAA